CAAGAAAUCUGGUAGCGCUGAAAUACUGAGAGAGAUGUAAUUAUAGCGUUUCCUGUUCUGCUAGUACAGUGGCAUCCAACCUCCUGGCCCUGCCAACUGGAUGAGUGGUGUGGGAUCAGUGCAUGAGGUUUUCUCAAAUAAUGAUGAAGCCCUUAUUAACAAAAAGUUACCCAAAGAACUUCUGUUAAGAAUAUUUUCCUUCUUGGAUAUAGUUACUUUAUGCCGAUGUGCACAAGUUUCCAAGGCAUGGAAUGUCUUGGCUCUAGAUGGAAGUAACUGGCAAAGAAUAGACCUUUUUAACUUUCAGACAGAUAUAGAGGGUCGUGUGGUAGAAAAUAUAUCCAAAAGGUGUGGUGGGUUCCUCAGACAACUUAGCUUGAGAGGCUGCCUUGGUGUUGGAGACUCGUCCUUGAAGACCUUUGCACAGAACUGUAGGAACAUAGAACAUUUAAAUCUAAAUGGAUGUACAAAAAUUACUGACAGCACGUGUUACAGCCUUAGUAAAUUCUGUUCCAAGCUGAAACAUCUGGAUCUGACAUCGUGUGUAGCCAUCACAAACAGUUCUUUGAAAGGUUUAAGUGAGGGUUGCAGAAAUCUGGAACAUUUGAAUCUUUCCUGGUGCGAUCAGAUUACGAAGGAUGGUAUUGAAGCACUCGUGAAAGGGUGUAAUGGACUAAAAGCACUAUUUCUUAGAGGUUGCACACAGUUAGAAGAUGAAGCACUGAAACAUAUUCAGAGUCACUGUCACGAGCUUCUAAUCUUGAAUUUGCAGUCAUGUACACAAAUUUCAGAUGAAGGCAUUGUAAAAAUCUGUAGAGGAUGCCACAGACUUCAGUCACUCUGUGUUUCUGGUUGUACAAACCUUACAGAUGCUUCUCUCACAGCACUUGGUCUAAACUGCCCAAGACUGAAGAUUUUGGAAGCUGCAAGAUGUUCCCACUUAACAGAUGCAGGUUUUACACUUUUAGCACGGAAUUGCCAUGAACUGGAAAAGAUGGACUUAGAAGAAUGUGUUCUGAUAACAGAUAGUACAUUGAUACAGCUCUCUAUUCACUGCCCUAAAUUGCAAGCAUUGAGUUUAUCUCACUGUGAGUUAAUCACAGAUGAUGGGAUUCUGCAUCUGAGCAACAGUACCUGUGGUCAUGAGAGGUUACAGGUACUGGAGCUAGACAACUGUCUUUUGAUCACCGACCUGACUCUAGAACAUCUGGAGAACUGCCGCAAUCUGGAGAGAAUCGAGUUAUAUGACUGUCAGCAGGUCACUCGAGCAGGAAUCAAAAGAAUCAGAGCUCAUCUACCUCAUGUGAAAGUUCAUGCUUACUUUGCUCCAGUUACUCCACCUCCUUCUGUAGGAGGUAGUGGACAGCGACUCUGCAGAUGCUGCAUUAUUCUUUGACAAUAGUUAACAUCAGGCUAAGGAAAACAUUUCCUUUGGCUGUGGAAGAAGAGAAUCAGACUGCAAGUGGUCUGCAGAGUCAGUUACCUGACUGCCAUAGCAAUGAUGUGUCAAUCAUCCAAUUUUUUGCUGGUAAUGACACCAAGAAAGACAUUUUUCCAGGUAAAAGUCUUAAGGAUUGAGUUGGUGAUGCUUUAUUUUUUUUUAAACUCUUUUGCCUCCACCAUCCCCCAUUGGCAUAACUGUGAUACUGUAUGGCAAUGUUUACUUGGGUAUUUCAAAGUAGUGAAUGCUCAGUGAAAGUACCGAUACCAUAAGCCCCACUCAAUGGAGCUAUUACUCAAUGUAAAAAAUGUUUAAUACAAUUCAGAGUUCCUUAUGUCAGUCAUACGGGGAGAGGGGGAGUCCAAACUGCUGUUCUACAACAUAUUCAUAACAAGACUAAAUCUUGUCAGGUUUAAAGACAAAUCAGCUUUAGUAGAUAGACCAAAAAUGUAAUGGGGUUCCUUGUUUUUCAUGAUACAGCUUAAAUUUUAAAUAAACAGCAGGUUGGUUGCAUGUAACUAAAGAGAAGCCAACUAUUUAGAAGUCUGUAGAAAAUAUUUUCCCAAGAUCAGGUAAAUGAUGUUGUAAAGGGAUUGCAAAGCAGGUAAGAAUGGGAUGGGUACGUUAUAUUGUGUAUGCUCUAGCUGAAAAGUAAUCUACAGUGUUUAUUAGAUGGCCGUUAUCAUUCUGAGCCUGUCUCCAGUUUGUAAGGAGAAAAAAUGCAACUGCCCUGGAAGGUAAGGAAGUACUAGCACUAUUUUUGUAUAGUGGCACAUAUAUUAAUUAAGUAACCUGAUUUAGAUCAUGUGUGAAGUCUAUGGGCAAGGAAUUGAAGCUCUGGGCAGGAAAAUGUGAUUGUAAACCACAAAUUGUGACACUGGUAUUUUUUAUAUUAAGCAGCCUAACAAAUGAUCUGAAAUAGGAAGUAAUGAGGAUCUCAAAAUCUCAACAUUUACUGGGAGGAGGGUUAUUAUUUUUAUUUUGUUGUUGUUGCUGAUUAGUAAUUAAAAAUAUCUUGAGCAUAAUGGAAAUAAAAAGUGACCUGUUGAUACUUUACUGUACUACUACACAUACAAUGUUUCAUUGUAUUUUUUGUGUAGAAAGUAUGUGAGCUUCAGUUAAUAUAACUUUUGACAACUCGAUUGCCUCUGACAGACAGCUCUAACAAAUGGGCAUCUUGGAAACUUUGCCUUAUCAGUAAGUGCAGCACUUUAUUAAAACAGUUGUUUAACUAGAGCUGGCUGCAGGUAUCAGUGUACAUCUACACUUUGCCCUUAACAGCCAAGAUUAAUAGGGAACGUUUAAGACAUGUGAAAAUAUGACAGAGCUUUUUGCUGCUGUAUUUUUUUUGUAGUCAGACAUUUUAUUGUCACACAAUUAGCUAACGGGGACAGCCUAAAUAAACAUAAUCAGUUCAGAAAAGGUUAUGUGUUUAGGGGCAGUGGGUGUCAACUUGUUCUGAAAACCAGAGAUAACUAGCAGCAGCAAAGAAAGAAAAAAGAGAACAACAAAAAAGCAACCCCACACCCUUGUGCUGAUGUGUACAACCUAUUAAAACACUGCCACUUGCUCCAUUCCCUCAACAGCUGAACUGAGAGUAUCCCAUACUAGCUUUUCAGAAUGCAUUGCCUUAUGUUUGGCUCAUUUUUAGCAAUCUUACUGUGAAUAUACAAUAUUAAAAUUGUACAAAACAAAACUUCUGCAUACUCUAAAGUCAUAUACAUAAUUUAUGAACUAGGAACUCAAAUAAAAAAGAUCACUGGAUAUGUAUUGGGGCUUGUUUCAAUGAUUUCAGGACACCAAUCUUACUUAAAGUAUGUGGUCUUUUGGUUCUGUUUCACUGUCAGUCUUGACCAGCAAUUGACCAUCUUUCCAGAAAAGGCUCAACAACUACAGCAUGACUUUUUUUUGCAAUUAAUUAGUUCAUCUUUUCAAAAAAUAUGCUGGGGCAAAACUGAACU